UCUCUCUCUCUCUCUCUCUCUCUCUAUGAAUGAGUCAGGCUGCACUGAAGCAGAUUUCCCUAUCCCUAUCUUUUCUCCAGUUCCUUCUCAUUUUCUGUCGUGCUUCAGACCUUAUUUUGACGAGCGAGUGAGGUUGCGAGAGAAGCCUGAUUUGUGAUAUGCUCUGCCUGGCGUGAGAACCAGAAAGCCUGUUUCCUCCUCUUCUUCUUCAUCUCCUUUGGUGGUCGUACUGUAUCCGGACAGCCCUGGUUUCUUUCAGAGUGGAGGCAACUUAGACGGUGGACGGUUUUAUGGCACUUCUUUGAAGAGAUUGUGCAAGUGAGGAGAGAACAACGGGAGCAGUCGCAGUAGCUGAGUGUUGCCGAUGCUUAUGGCGGCAGAGCAGGAUUGACGCGGAUAACGCAUCGGCUUACUUUCAGUUCUGUUGUUGAUUGUUCUUCCAUCCAGUCAGAGAUAGGCAUGCUGGGGUGCGGCAUAUUUGUGUUUGCGCUCUUCUGUCAGUGCCACAGUAUCCAAAACCCCAUGUACAGGUUCAAGAGGUUUCAGGAACAUGCCUGGUCAGAGCCCAAUGACUGCUCGAGGACCAGGCAGCCUUUUGUCCUGUCCAAUCCGUACAAUUUUUCACUGGAUAUUCGCAUACCAGGAGUAAUUCCAACAGAGUCCGACAGCUACUUCUGUAUGGCUGUCCCUGUCCCCACGUCCCGGGAGGCCUACAUAGUGGACUUUGUUCCCCAUGCCAGUAUGGACACAGCCCACCACAUGAUUUUAUACGGCUGCAAAACCCCUUACGCCACUCAAGGAUACUGGGAUUGUGGGAGAGAGCUGGGUACCUGUCGGGAUCAGGCCAAGAUCAUGUAUGCCUGGGCCAGGAAUGCUCCUCCAACCAAACUACCUAAAGACGUUGGCUUUAAAGUUGGGGGAGACACCAGAAUUAACUACUUUGUGCUGCAAAUUCAUUAUGGUGAUGUCAACAAUUUCAGAGAUCAUCAUAGAGACUGCUCAGGACUCACUUUAAGAAUGACUUCCAAACCACAGCCCUUUAUUGCUGGCAUUUACCUGAUGAUGUCUUUGGACACUGUCAUUCCUCCAGGGAAGAAAGUUACCAAUGCAGACAUCGCUUGCACUUACACAUCUUUCCCGAUGUAUCCGUUUGCCUUCAGGACACACACACACAGCCUUGGUAAAGUUGUGAGUGGGUACAGGGUUCGAGAUGGACAGUGGACUCAGAUCGGGCGCCAGUCUCCACUGUUGCCACAGGCUUUUUAUCCAGCCACCAAUACCAUUGAUGUAAAAAAUGGAGACGUACUAGCAGCCCGAUGUAUGUUCACAGGAGAAGGAAGAACAACUAAUACCGAAAUCGGAGGCACCUCCAACGAUGAGAUGUGUAACUUCUACAUCAUGUACUACAUGGACAACAUCCAUGCUGUGCCAUACAUGAACUGCGGAGAUGACGGCAGCAGUGAGCUUUUCCGAAACAUCCCUUCUGAGGCCAAUACUCCCAUCUCGGUCAGGCCAGACCAUAUGAUGUCCAUGAGGCAUGAGACGGCUCCUCAUAAAGAUGCUGUGGAGUCUUUGGAGCUGCAGGAGCCCAAGAGAGAAGAGGACGUUCAGGAUCAGGGUGACCUCUAUUCCCUUCUUUCUAAACUGCUGGGGGAGAGAGAUGAUGUUGUCCACGUGCAUAAGUACAACCCUGCAGAUGCGGCCCGAGCCCAGACACAUCUGAUGGCAGAGAUUGAUAGCAUAAUGCAAAAAAAAGGCCGAGGCUGGCCACUUUUAGGCUACAAAACAAAAGAGGAUGCAAUUCUGGUGAGGGACAGAGUGCACAAGUUUCACCAGUUAGAGUCCACUGUCAGCCCCUCAAGGAGCAGGACUGUACCCGCCACAGGGGAGGCUCAAAGGGACCAACAAGGUGCCCAUCUGGUGGAGGUGUCAGACUGGCCUGAGGCGGAUCUGCAGUUGGGACAGGUGUCUGGUCUGGCUCUCAACUCUAAGGGUGACCUGAUCAUUUUCCACAGAGGAGAUCACAAAUGGGGAAGGGACACCUUUAAUACGAAAGGCAUGUACCAGCAGAAGGAGCUAGGCCCCAUCCGGCAGCCCUCCAUCAUGGCGGUGGAUCCAGUCAAAGGACGAGUGCUCAGGGCUUCAGGGAGAAAUAUGUUUUAUUUGCCGCAUGGAAUAACUACCGACAAGAACGAUAAUUACUGGGUGACCGAUGUAGCACUUCAUCAGGUGUUCAAGCUGAGCAGUAGCGGCACAGAUCAGCAGCUUCUGGUCCUGGGAGAAGCUUUUGAACCAGGAAGCGACAAGAAUCAUUUCUGCCAACCAACAGAUGUGGCCGUGGACCCUGUCACUGGAAACAUCUUCGUCUCGGACGGAUACUGCAAUUCCAGGAUCCUCAAGUUCUCACCAGAGGGCAAAUAUAUCUCACACUGGGGAGCAGGCUCCUCGGACAGAAAGCGGCGUUUCCCGUUCAGGAUCCCGCACAGCCUGGCAUUCCUGCCGGAUAAACGGGAGCUGUGUGUGGCCGAUCGGGACAACGGACGGAUUCAGUGCUUCAUGGCAGAGACUGGCGAGUUUGUGAAGGAGAUCAAAAAAGACGUGUUUGGAGGAGAAGUAUUUGCCAUCGCAUACUCGCCUGUCCAAGGCGGUCUCAUCUACGCGGUGAAUGGAGAAUCCCCGUAUGGGCCGGCUGCUCCUCUUCAAGGGUUUGUUAUCAGUUAUUCAACCAAGGAAAUCCUGGAUGCCUUCAGUCCAGACACACAGGAAUUUAAAUUACCACAUGACAUUGUUGUUACAGCUGAUGGGAGCGUCUUUGUUGGAGACGCAGCAUCAGAUUCUGUAAUGAAGUUUGUUCCGUCUUCAAAAGCAGAACAUCGCUCUGUUAAAAAAGGUGGAAUUGAGGUUCAAGAAAUUGAAGAAACAGAAACGUUUGUGCAGGCCAAUCUGAAGCCAUUGCCCAAGCUUCCAGCCCUGUCUGCGGUGGCCGCUGUGCAGAAGAUGGAGCAGCCGGAGCAGAAGAUGGAGGAGCUGGCGCAGGAAAAGCAUCAGCAGCCGCUGGCAGCUCCUGAGGAAAACCAGCAGAAGGAGAAGCUCCCGAGCGUGGCCAAUCAGAGCGCUCAGGGUGUGUCACCUGCUGUCAUCACCACUCUGCUCCUCAUCCCAUUGGCGUUUGUGAUCGCCAUCGGGGUCUUCAUCCGCUGGAGGAAGGGCAGGAUGUACAGUGAAGAUUGUCAAGUGAAGAUGGAGCCAUCAGGAUCUACAGGUGGAAUCUUGGGUAAAAUCAGAGGUAAAGCUGCAGGAGGCCUGAACUUGGGGAAUUUCUUCGCCUCCCACAAAGGCUACACCCGGCACGGCUUCGACCGGCUCAGCACAGAAGGCAGCGACCUGGAGAAGGACGAAGAGGACGGGACCGACUCUGAGAACGAAGAGUACUCCGCUCCGCCUCCACCGGCGUCCUCGUCCUAAAGAGUGUCUUCUGCUAGCGCUGUCAGGACCUACUGUAAGCACCCCUGUAAUCGUUUGUAUCGGCUGCUGAAACAUUUUAUCUUCUGUGUGAAAACUUUCUCUUUGAGACCUACGACUGCCACUUUAAUUUAUGAUUUUAAGGGACCACGUGGAGAUACAAAGCACUGGUCAUUUUGAGGAUAAAGACAUUUGAUUUUAAUUUUUUUAACAGGAGGGUAAACGUAGAUUAUUUAUUUAGUUUUAAUGAUGAACAGCUAGUCAAUCUCUUCCAAUAAUUCAUCAAUCUGAUAGCAGUGCAAUUAAUAUAUAAUUGAUCCAGGCAUUUUGUGUCAUAACUUUUCCGUAUGUUUGUGCCUUUUACGUGUUUCGCCUUCCGCAGCACCUAUAUAUUACUACAGAUGUGCCACAUAUUUAAGAGCUGCUACUGUGAUUUGAGUUUAGGUUUUUUUUGGCAUCUUAAAAAAGAAUAAGAAAAAAAGAUGACUACAUAUUUAAGGCUGUAUUUACUACGUUUUCGAAGCUAAUGUGAGAUGUGUCUGAUAUUUGUUGUGAUAAUGAGGUUUUAUUGCAAGAAAACUAUUUUCAGUAACAAUGUUAUUUGUGUAAUAAAGUGUCUGCAAAGCAUCA